AUGCAUCACAGUGGAAAAUUUGAUGGUUGUGGUGAUAAAGUAUAUAUUGGUGGAAGAGUGAAUAGUAUUGAUAUGUGUCACUUUGAUCAAAUUUCUCUUAUAAAGUUGGACAACAUGCUAAAGAAUAUUGGAGUUGGUUAUAAUCAAAUUACCAUAUUCUAUCAGAGAAUAGGUAAUGGAUGGAGAGCUUUGGAAAAUGAUCAACAUGCUAUGGACUUGAUAAAAUGGGUUGACAAGGUUAAAGUGGUUGAUGUAUAUGUGGAACAUAUUAGGCAAGAAUUGUUCAAUCAUAGUCAAGCAGAUUCUAAUUGUGGUCCAUCAGAAAAAAGAUUUGGGAGCCAAAAUAUACAUGUGUCUGAACAAGAAACCAAUUUAUGGGGUCCUAGGGUUCCCACUGAGAGUUAUAGGUCCUCUGAAAGUGAUGCUUCUGAUAGUGAUUCAUAUUCCAAGGGUUCAGAUUUUGAGUUUGAAGAUUUGUAUGAUAGUGAAUAUGAUGUAUAUGAUAAAUAUUUGCAUGAGACAAUUGUUGAGAGUGACAAAGGUGAAAGGUUUGACAAACCAAAAAGGAAAGGGGUUCAGAUUGAGACAGAGACAAUACAAGAGCAUGAAUGUGGCAUAGGAGGUGAAGAUUGUGAAUCUGAUGAGUUACGAAGUUUAAGUGGCUCAUCAUCCGAUAAUGAUGAAACAAGGCAUCACAGGAAGAAAGUCAAGAUCAAACAGUCUAACAGGAUGGACUCUAGGCACACAGGAGAGACAUUGAAGCAUUUGGAGAAGCAGAACGAGCUCCUUAUGGAUGCCUAUAGAUCUAUGUCACACGAAUUGCAUAAACUUCAGGUGGAGGAAGAAAUUCUCAUGCGCAAGUUCUACGAAAUGAUGUCAGCCCAAGGACUAACUAAAAAGAGUCCAGUUUUACAAAACAAAAAAGGGCAUUGA